GUCUGUAUAAGCUUAGGAAUGAUGGGGAUGUCUCUGACAAAUCAUGCGUUCUGAUCAUUGGGUGAUGGGAUCCAUUUUCAAGUUCAACAGAUCAGCAAUAGAAGAACUUGGCAGUGGCUUAGAGAUGGAGGAAUCGAGGAUACCAAUAGCGACAACUUGAGCCUCAGGGUUUCUCAUCCCCCUGUGGAUGUGCUAAACCUUUGAGAAUAAAUCCUGAAUUCUCCAAUCAGCUCAGUCACUCAAGUCUCCAACGGCAAGGGCUUACAGCUACAGAUACGAUUUCCUUCUCUCUCUCUCUCUCAAUCAUGUCUCCUCCUGCUUCUCUCCCCUCCAAAAUGCUCCAGGCCAGAUGAUUCUCCUCACCAAGAAGCAGAGGCUCCUCCUUGUCUCAUUCGCCCUCUUCUACUGUUUCCUUUUCCUCGUCUCUCGCUUCCGUUCUGCUCGCGAUCCUGGCUCCUUCUUUUUCCAACCAGACGUGGGCUAUCAACCUCAGUACAGCAUCCAGAGGAUCGAGGAGUCUCUCGACUAUCUGUCCGGAUAUAAUACAACCACAACAUCAGACCCAGCGCGCCCCCCGCGAAACUCCACCACCAAAGCCGAAGAUGUCACCUUCUGCGUCGGAGUGGUGACCGUCAAGCGUCCUUUACAACAAAACAUUGAUACCACGGUCGCUUCUAUCCUCGAUCACCUCUCUGCCCAAGAGCGCUCUCGGAUCGCGGUCCACGUCCUUUUCGCCCUGACCUCCCCCUCCGACCAUCCAGACUACAACCAACCUUGGGUUCCUAAUGUUGUCGACCGCGUCCUCACUUACGAUCGAAUGGACGGCGCCCCGUCGCUGUCCACCCUGCGCACCCUCGAGAGGCAAAGGGACGUCAAGCGCAAAUCCCUCAUUGAUUACCGUCUCUCGCUCAAAUCCUGCUACGACGACAGCAAUGCGCCCUACAUCAUGAUGCUCGAAGACGACGUCGUCGCCCAACGCGCGUGGUACAACCACACCUUGGAAACCCUGCAGACCAUCCAGAGCUGGAACAGCACGGGGGCCAUUCACGACUGGCUCUACCUGCGCCUCUUCUACACGGAGAAAUUCCUGGGCUGGAAUUCAGAACACUGGCCCAUCUACACCCUGUGCAGCAUCAGCAUUGUCGCCCUGGUGGCCCUGCUAGGUCUCAUGAGCCGUCGCAGCAUCCGGCCCAUGCAGGGGAUCCUGACCAACUCCUUCCUGGCGAUUCUCUGCUUCCUCUGUGUGCCCUUACUCAUCGGUCUGUAUUUUCUGGCCGGUCGAGUCACCAUGCAACCGAUGCACCCGGGACUCCACGUAAUGAACGGACACGGGUGCUGCUCUCAAGCACUAGUGUUCCCCCGCGCGAGCGUUCCGCAGCUCAUCGACUUUCUGGAGCAGAUGCAGGAUACGCACCCCGAGGCUGUGGAUAGCGCGAUUGAGGCACUGGCGGACGCCAACGGGCUGGAUCGGUUGGCGAUCGUGCCAUCGCAGAUGCAGCAUGUGGGUGCCGCUUCGUAUAAGGAGAAUAAAAAGACGUAUCAGUGGCACGGGCCGCACCCUGUCAAGGGCGCGCAUGGGGUUUGGAGUAUGGGGUUUGAAAAGGCAUAUGGUUAUGAAUGAUUUUCCCCUUUGACGUAAGCAAGGAGUUACGAUGACAAUGACAGGUACUCCACAGCAAUAUUAGAUGUAUAUCCCAACUUGACUUUAUUUAUAUAUGUACAAGAUAUCUUUUCUUUUCUUGGGUUCAAGGUGAGGAUGGAAUCUACGGAGUAGUAGAUCAGUUUACCCUAGACAAGUAGUCAUUGCUUUUCAAUCCGUUGCUAGCAAGUCACUGUUCUUUAUCUGCACCUACUCACCUGCUUGGAGUCAAACAAUCCACAGGGAAACGUAUGGAAUUACGGAUACUCUUGCAUAAAAUGAGGAGCCGAGGUUAUCAAGAAUUGAGGUGUGAAGGGGAGG